GCACCGCUGCUGCCUUGGCGUUCUUGAGUCAGGAAAGCCGAGCCCGUGUCGGGGGUUUGCGGGUCCCGGCUCCGGUUACUAUGGACAGCUUUUUCUUCGGCUGCGAGCUCUCCGGCAACACCCGCUCCUUCACCUUCAAGGUAGAGGAAGAGGAUGAUGCGGAGCACGUGCUGGCGUUGACCAUGCUCUGCCUCACCGAGGGGGCCAAGGACGAGUGUAAUGUGGUGGAAGUCGUGGCCCGCAACCAUGACCAUGAGGAGAUUGCAGUCCCUGUGGCCAACCUCAGGUUGUCCUGCCAACCCAUGCUCAGUCUGGAUGACUUCCAGCUCCAACCACCUGUUACCUUCCGCCUGAAGUCAGGCUCUGGCCCUGUGCGGAUCACUGGGCGGCACCAGAUUGUCACUAUAAGCAACGAUGUUUCUGAGGAAGAGGAGAGCGAGGAGGAGGGGAGUGAAGAGGAAGCUGAGUUGUGCUCCAUUCUUCCUGCCAAAAAGCAGACGGGCAGGCCCUAACUGUGCUUGGUCCUCCUGCCGCUGUGUGUGCCAUGCACCAGGUUCCUGGACAAGUUUCAAGAAUGUUACAUGUUUCUUCCUUGAAGAGGAGAGGUUGGGGCUGUGUGGGAGGGACUUGGGCAGGUGCUGGGAGGAGGAGGAGGAGGCCUGAGGGCCCUCCUGUUCUGUCCUACACCAUGCCUGGAAGCCUCCCUUGUCUCUGAUGGUGGGAGGAACCCUGAACUUCUGUCCUGAUCCUCUGUCCCCACCUGCCUUUGAGGCUUGGGGGUCAGUGUCUGAAGCUUGGAGCUACGCAUUUUUAACUUUUUUUUACAUUUUUGGAUAAAAGUUAAAAUAAAACGGCGUGAGUUUUUUUGCAACA